UUGCCAACCCAUCUUUCAGAAACUCUCUGUAAUUUAAGCAAAAGUUUGAUUAUCAUUAAUACUCCUUUUUUAAUACUAGGGGAGUCAUAGUAUAGUGUAGUAGUAGUACAAUUACAGAUGAGAAGAACUUUCUUCAUCUUCUUGUUUUCUCUGAAAGCUCUCUAUAUAUUUUAUUUCAAUAUCACACCAUAUCUUGAUCUUCUUCUUUGUUCAUGCAAGAUCCAAAGAACUCUUCACAAGCAAGGUAUGUGCUCAUAAUAUUUGCAAAAAGCAAAGGAAAAUGAUGGAGAAGAAGAUGGAAGGCUUGGUACCAAAAGGCAAUGGAAAUGGCCUCUCUAUGGAGAACCUUUCCCAAGCCAAGUGAAAUUCCCACAACAAAUCCUACAUUAUGGAGAAGCAUUUCUAAGUCAUCAAGAGAGAUUUCAACCACAAAUUCCGAUAGACAAAAACUAAGAAGAUGCACCUCCUUAAGGGUGGCAACUUCUUUCACUAGAGUUUGUUUAUGUGCGCCAAUUUCUUCCUAUACAGAAGUCUUUCAAGCAGAGCAUGUUGUUCCACCAAGAAAAAGUAAUAGUUAUUAUAAUUCUAGAACAAAGCCAACGACUAUUUCACAAGAAAGAAUUCCAAGUGGAAGGAUGAGCUUGGAAGGGAGGAAAAUUUUCAGAGGAAAAUCUUUGAAUGAUGAUGUGUUAAUGAGGAGAUUUGUGAUUGAAGAAGAAGCAAUGAUGCAAGUUAGGAGAAGGAAUCAAAUGGAAGUUAUUAGGAGAAGAAAUUCUUUGAGAAGAAGAAAAAAGCUUGGGCCAAGUCCUUUAAGUAGAAUGGUUUUGGCUGAGGAAGAUUGAAGUUUACUUUUACUUUCUUUAUGUCCACUUAAUUUGCCAUAUAGCCAUUUGAGUAUGUCUAGGUUCUUUCCUAAAUGGUGUUGCCUAAUGGCUUGUGUCCCUUGAUGACACUUUUGUCCAUUUGUUUCUAUGAAAAUUUCACAACUUUACAAAAGAAAAAAUAGUGAUAAUGAAAAUUAUAAGGCUCUUCUUAAAGC